UCAGGGUCUCGGCUCUCGUUUUUGGUCUUGAACGCAGCUCGUUACGCAACAGCCAGCAGCCCGGAGACCGGAGACCGACACCGCAACGCAACCCGGACUAAACCCGUUGGCCGGACCGUAAACCAGGUAAUUGUGAUGACGACUCUCCAGCUCAGCGCAAUGGAGGAGUUGGUGGAGAAGUUUCUGGAUGUGGCGGCCAGAGGAGAUGUGAGGCAGGUCUCCACCCUGCUCUCCCACUCCCCCUCCCUCAUCAACCGGACCAGAACAAAUGGCUGGACUGCCCUAAUGCUGGCCGCUCGCAAUGGACACUAUCACGUAGUAGAAACACUGCUGUCUCAUAGCUGUGACAAGUUCUUGGUGAACAAGUCGUCCCAGACAGCUUAUGAUAUCGCCAAGUUCUGGGGCCACCGACACGUUUCCAACCUCCUGGCCCAGGUAGACAACCAGUGUCAGCGCCUCCUGCCCACCUCUGAUGCCGGCCAGCCGGAAAACUACUUCAGCAGAGAGACUCUGGACAGGCUGAGCGAGAAGAGGACCAACUCGGCAUGGUUGGAGGACAAAAAAAGUAACCCAGAUACCAUUUACCUGCUUUUCUGCAACAUCAACCCCAUGCUCAGCACCCAGGAGGAGGCGGGACAAACGACUGAGACGAGGCUUUGUCGGUUUGGAUAUGAGGCGGUGAAAGACCUCUUGCAGAGACCGGGCAGUUUGCUUGUCUUCCUCGGCGUGGAGAAGAGGGAAAAGCCAUGCUCCUCCUCCUAUCUGACAGAGGAGAAGGUCGGGAAGCCUCCUGCCUGGUUCGCCAUCAGCGCAGAAGAAGAGCCGGCUGAGCUUCUGAAACUCAGUGGGGAAACGAAAAGCUUCUUCCCUCAGCGAGCCAACAGGGAUCUGCUGACACUCCCUGAGGAUGAGGCUGGCAUCGUGGCCCAGGCGCGGUCAGUGUUGGCCUGGCACAGCCGCUACAGUUUUUGUCCGACCUGUGGAAGCAGCACCAAGCCAGAGGAGGGAGGACACAAGAGAACCUGCCUUAAUGCCGACUGCAGCAGCCUGCAGGGGGUUCACAACACCUGCUACCCACGUGUCGACCCCGUGGUCAUCAUGCUGGUAAUUCACCCUGAUGGAAACCAGUGUCUACUGGGAAGGAAGAAGAUCUUCCCGGUCCACAUGUUCUCCUGCCUGGCUGGAUUCAUAGAGCCAGGGGAGACGAUAGAGGAAGCGGUGAGGAGGGAGGUGGAGGAGGAGAGCGGAGUGAAGGUGGGACCUGUCCAAUAUGUGUUCAGUCAGCCCUGGCCCAUGCCCUCCAACCUGAUGAUCGGCUGUCUGGCCGUUGCCAUGUCAACAGACAUCAGAGUGGAUGAGAACGAGAUCGAGGAAGCUCGUUGGUUUACACGGCAACAGGUAAUUGACUCACUGUUCCAAGGAGCCAACCCAGCCUUCACCGUUCCUCCCAGACAGACCAUUGCCCACCAGCUGGUCAGACAUUGGAUCGGCAUGACCUCUAACCUUUAACCCCUCUACGCCCACAGCCGUGCCACUGAACAGGAGCUGGUCGGCUAUCUGUCACACAGCGGAACAUGCUAACAGUAGUUAGCUGCGACGUUAGCAACCUGUCAACAGUAAAGUGAAGAACAAUGAAGUCUUAGCCUUGGGAUUGAUCGUUACAAUUAUUAAAGAAGAUAUACCAAAAAUAUUAAUACCGCGAAAAUGAAAAUCAAGCUAGCAUAAUGUCACAUUCACCAAAUAAGAUGCAUAUUAGCAGCUGAUGAAACAUUAUUCAUCUUCAGCCGCUUCUCCGGGGUCGGGUCGCGGUGGCAGCAAGCUAAGUAGGGCACUCCAGACGUCCCUCUCCCCAGAAACACCCUCCAGCUCCUCCUGGGGGAUCCCAAGGCGUUCCCAGGCCAGAUUGAACAAGUAGUCCCUCCAGCGAGUUCUGGGUCUACCCCGGGGUCUCCUCUCAGUUGGCCGUGCCUGGUAAACCUCCAAAGGAAGGCGCCCAGGAGGCAUCCUAAUCAGAUGCCCGAACCACCUCAACUGGCUCCUUUCGAUGAGAAGGAGCAGCGGCUCUACUCCGAGCUCCCUCCGGAUAUCCGAGCUCCUCACCCUAUCUCUAAGGCUGAGCCCAGACACCCUACAGAGGAAACUAAUUUCAGCCGCUUGUACCUGCGAUCUCACCCUUUUGCUCACUACCCAAAGCUCUUACUUGGGUAGUGAAACAUUAUCAAGAUGAACAUUUUAUUUUCUUUCUCAGUCUCUAAUAUUCCU